UCAGUCCUCCCCGUGCCUGGGCCGCGUUCAGGGUUCUCUUGUUAGCCUGUAGUUGAGAACGCACCUAUGUGCCGGUAACCAGCAGCCCUUUCAAGUUAUACUCUAGCUUCCCUUAACCUGUCGUAGGUCACUAAAGCGCCGUUCGCUUCAUUCACCAUUCAAACCCACGUAGAUGGGAGACACGAACCGGGGAACGAUUUAUUAUUAGUAUCGUCAGUUGAGGUGUUGAUGAUACACUAAUCCCCUCCUCCUGAUACCUUCCUUGUACACUCAGUUUCAAGGCCUCACGCCCUUGGAGGCGCUGCGUGAGAGGCAGAACUCACCUCAGCCACCUGUGGGAGGCGCUGUAGGACUGCACGCCGAUAUAAUGGAAACGUCCUUCAAGACCAGUAGGACUUUCCUCAUGUUUGUGGCUGUCAUCCUGGCUCUGGGCACAUCUGCGAACACCCAGGAAGCCGAUGGCAACUAUAAAGAGGUCGACUGGAAUCGCCUCGUUGACUUGGUCCAAGUAAAGAAGUUGUUUGUCGAGGAGAUGACGAAGUCCAUGAUCAACCUGAAGAAGCAAAGGGAUGCCCUUGGCUGUGGUCCAGCACGACACAAGAUGGAGCCAUCACUCUCCAGCAUCACUUCGAACCUUGUCACCGAGAUCACAGACGCGAUGGCGAUGCUGCAGAACGCCUCGAGGACCUUACUGGAGGAGAUGGGGAGAGAGACGUGUCCUAAGGAUCUUCACUCUCCGUGUCCAAGCCCCGAAGAUUGGCGGUGCAAGACAGGAGAGUGCAUCCCCAAGGCGAAACGCUGCGACACCUCCCAUGACUGUCUCGAUGGGUCAGACGAGACCCCCUCCUGUUCGGUGUUGCAGUGUGAGAGGAAAGGCAGCUUUAAGUGCGUCUUCAGUGACGUCUGUAUACCUGUAGAGGCCAGGUGUAACCUCGUCUGGGAGUGUCCUGACGGUAGCGACGAAAAGGGCUGUGAGAUCACCUGCACGCAAACUCAGUUCCUGUGCGGGAAGGACCGGAGGUGCAUGCCCCUGGGGUGGCGGUGUGACGGCCAGCAGGACUGUAGUGACGCCAGCGACGAGGCUGGGUGUGACCAGCCCACUCGGCCCCUGGAGGGAGAUAUGCCCCUGGUUCAUCAGCAUCGCUUCCCAGCCUCCCCGCUCUCAAUCCCACCCAUCGCCUCUGUGGUGCGCUCUAAGCAAAAUCCCUGUGGUUCAGGGCUGGUCUUCUGCAGCCCCGAUAACACCUGCCUCCCGAGGGCGUGGCUCUGUGAUGGCUCCCGGGACUGUUCCGACGGCAGUGACGAGGCCGACUGCCUUGAGGCAGCUAGACCACCAUCCUCCCCGCAGGAUUUUGCCCCUCCUGCGCCGCCUGCGCCGCCUGCGCCGCCUGCGCCACCCACCUCGUCACCUACAGCAGUGAACCCCUGUCGUUCAAAUCGCGUCUUCUGCAGCCGCGAUAACACCUGCCUUCCGAGGGCGUGGCUCUGUGAUGGCUCCCUGGACUGUUCCGACGGCAGUGACGAGGCCGACUGCCUUGAGGCAACAGGACCGCUAGCCUCGACGCCAGGUUCUGCCCCUCCUGCGCCACCUACAUCACCCACCUCGCCACCUACACCACCACCUCCAGCAGUGGAGAAUCCCUGUGGUUCAGGGCUGGUCUUCUGCAGCCCCGAUAACACCUGCCUCCCGAGGGCGUGGCUCUGUGAUGGCUCCCGGGACUGUUCCGACGGCAGUGACGAGGCCGACUGCCUUGGGGCAGCUGGACCGCUAGCCUCGGCGCCAGUUAUUUCCCCACCUACGCCACCUACGUUACCACCUACACAAGUGGGGACCUGUGAGGGACAGAUGUUCAGGUGUGUGACGACAAGCCGGUGCAUCCCGUCACAGUGGCUGUGUGACGGUGACAAGGACUGUGACGACUCCAGUGACGAAGUUAACUGCCCGCUACAAUUACCUUCAUCUCGGGAGGUUACAGCUCCACCUCCGGCCUCCGAAGUGGAGUGCGGGGCCAACAUGUUCCGCUGUGACAAUGGGGCGCAAUGUAUCUCCUCCUUGUGGAGGUGCGACAGGUACAAUGACUGCGCGGACGGCAGUGAUGAGAGUGACUGCGCCGACACCGUCGUCUUGUCGUCGACCACAGCAACCAUACAUGCAGGGGCCACACCUGUAGCGACACCUGCAGCGACACCUGCAACCACUGUAGAGAUUGACUGUCCAGAGGGGAUGUUUCAGUGUCGGGAUCCAGCCAGCUGUAUACCUUCAGACUGGAAAUGUGACGGUCAGAAUGACUGUGCAGCAGGAACUGAUGAACAGAACUGUAAUCAGUUUGUUUGUCCCGACGAUAAAUUCAAGUGCACUGGCCCUGACAUAUGCUUCCCAGUGUCUUGGCUUUGUGAUGGCAUCGUCGACUGUCUAGACAGCAGCGACGAGUCUUCGUGUCCCAGCACCGCGACGCCCUUCUCCGUCUCUCCAGCCACGCCGCCACCACCCACACCACCCACCUUACCCCAUACGAAAACAACUCGAUCCCCUUCAUUCAUUCCAACUCCUCCAACACCGCCAUCCACCUUUCCCCUCCCGCCAGCCCCUUUCCCAUUUCCUGCCGCGGGACCAACGUCAUUCGCCUCUCCUCACCAUUUUACCCCAUCGUCAACAACGCCUUCACCGUAUCGAAUGCAUGCACUUCCUCAAGCAUUACCAGUAACGUGGCCUAGUCCAUUCCAGUUCCUCCCUCAGAGUUUAACAGCGUCCUCAGCAACGCACCCGCCCCUCACUUUGACCGACAAUGCACUUGUAUACCCAACACCCUCCCUAACGGCAAGCUUUUUAACACUCAAUCCUCCUAAGGCGGAGUGUGCGGGCAACAUGUUCCAGUGUGUCAGUAGUGGCAGGUGUCUGUGGCCCAUAUUCAUCUGCGAUGGUUUCAACCACUGUGGGGAUGGUAGUGACGAGGAUAACUGUUCUCUGCCUACAGUGAGAGCCUGCACGGCCGACCAGCACCGGUGUGCGGACAGCGGCGCCUGCGUCAUGCGUUACUACGUCUGUGACGGCUUCUUCGACUGUGCUGACGACUCUGACGAGAAGGACUGUGAUAACAUCCCCCGCCAGCAGCUGCCCUCCACCGAGACACCCGCCGCCCACACCGCCGCCCACACCGCAGCCCACACCGCAGCCCACACCGCAGCCCACUCUACCACUAACCUGCCACAGUUCACCAUCAUUACCCAGAACGUUCCUGUGGCGGUCGGACCUUGCGUGCCAGAGCUGGGUCAGUUCCUGUGUGGGCGAGGCGACGCCUGUCUGGCCUCCUCGGUCGUGUGUGACGACCAACCAGACUGCAGCGACGGCUCCGACGAGGGACCCGCCUGCGGUGUCCAGUGCCCCAGCUCCACCUGCAGCCACGGCUGCUUCGUCACCCCCUCCGGCCACCAGUGCACCUGUCCAACCAAUUUCUUCCUCCUCGACGACGACGCUACGUGCAAAGAGGGGCCGCCUGAUGCUUUCCUGCUGCUGACGCUCGGCCGACGCCUGGAGGCGCGCUCUCUGGAUGGUACAAGGAGCUUUACCAUUGUGGCCAACAGAGAUGCUGAGAUGCGUGGGGUGUCGUACGAUCCUGUGGAGCAGUCGGCGUGUUGGAGCGAGGGGGAGGGAGGUACUGUGUAUUGCCAGCGCUUACGCGGCCAGGCUUCGCCCCGCCUCAUAGUGAAUGAACCGCUGGACAGGUAUGCGGGGGUGGCUGUCGACUGGAUGGGUAGGAACGUGUACGUGACUGACAGCGCCAACGGACGGGUGCGGGCGUGCAGCCUCUCGUCGACGCCCGCAUGCGCCACCAUCCUCUCCAACCUCAUCUUACCCAGGGCGAUUCAGCUCGACCUCAGUCAAAGGAUGAUGUACUGGAUCGGUGGGGAGAUGAGUCCUGUCAUAUACCGAGCGGGUAUGAAUGGCUCAGGUUUUGAGCAGGUGGUUCCCGGGUACGACUUCCCGGUUUCCAGGCCUUCCGCCUUGGCAGUCGACCUCCAGGGUCAUUACCUCUACUGGAUCGACAGCGACACUCAGGUUGAACGCCUCAGCUACGAUGGAGAAUAUUAUCCGGUAGGGGCGUCGCUGGAAAACGCGAGGAUCCAUGACAUGACACUGUGGCAAGAUAAACUCUACUGGACAGACAACCUCAGGCAACAGGUGAUGACGUGUAGCAAAAACAACUGCGGAGACGCUCAGCCUCUUCAAGCCUUCGCCGACCCCAUCAGUCCCAACUCCUGGAUCGCCCUUCACCACCCGGACAACUAUGGACAGGUGGUGAACCCUUGCGGCUACACCUCCUGCAGCCACCUGUGCCUCCUGUCCCCAGAAGCGGCCUUGGGUUUUGUCUGCGCUUGUCCCGAUCAUCUUGCACUCGGUGACGACUUCAUCACCUGCCGCUCCAACUCGAACUUCCAUGACACCUACUCGUUCCUGGGAUAACCUUCCCUGGGCCUCUCGGCUCCCAGGAAGUCAUUUCUCAAUCUCUCUGUCUCCACCAACGUGAUACAAUUCCACUGCUGGCUUUAAACCCGUGACACAUUACCUUUGGAACCCCCCCUCUCCCUGAUAUUGCAUUGCGUUCCUACUGCACUCAGAGAUCAAAACAGUCUUUGUAAGACCAACAGGUGACGACGACGACGACGGGUUUUGAAGAUCCUGAACCUUGAAGCUGGACAAGCGUGUGCGGCACACCCUUGUAUAACACCCGCCGCUACAAUAUGCUGACCUAUCAGAUGCACAGUGGCUUACAGAAGUUCAGAACUACAUUAUGAGCGCCGCGGUAAUAUGGCUUCAUAAAUUGCCCAGCUGUAUAAAACUGUAAGCGAUGUUUAUCGGCAUAAAACUACAAGAACUGCACAACGAAGUGACAUAAUUUAUUGCUGAUGCGCGUGUGUUGUGAGGUAAUUAUUGGGAGGAAGAGCAAAGCCAGUUCGACUACCUAGCCCUAGGAAGGGAUAGGAGGACAAGGAUCCGGGAUAGGGCGAAAGGAAUAGGCCAAACAACUUGGACCAUCGGAGAUAGAGCUUAGACCUGCAAGAUGCAAGGCCGCCGCUAUACCGAUCAAUCAAAGUGGUUUGCGCGGGUUGAACACAUUAAUGUUGCGUCACGAGUUCCGAUAUUAGUCCUUGGAAAAAAUAUUGAAUUUUUGCCUUUUCUUUGUUGUAUAUCGUGUUUUAGAUAUAUUGAGGAUAUAUUACGAACUUAUAUAUUUAGUUGUUCUUAAUCUUUUUCGGUAUAUUAAGUUGUUCAGUUUAGAUUUAUAUGGAUUUAUACACACACACACACACACAUAGGGGCCUGGUAGCCUGGUGGAUAGCGCGCAGGACUCGUAAUUCUGUGGCGCGGGUUCGAUUUCCGCACCAGGCAGAAACAAAUGGGCAAAGUUUCUU